UAACUUUGACGCCGCUGGGAUUAAAAAUUCAGUUGGUCGCCUGGGGUCAACAUUUGUGAUCGUGUGAUGAGCAGUGUUGGGUCAACUGUCGUGCUCAAGAAUAACUACAGUAAAAAAAACGAACGACUAGGACUAUGGAUUACGCGGCACUACAUUUCUUCCUUCGUGGACGACAUAGAAGUUUCGAUGGGCUAAAGAGUGAGAGAGCAGUAAAGUUUGGCGUGCGCCCAAAUUUCUUCCGAGAAGGCUGCGGAGAAAAUGUACUCCAUCUUCGGAGCUAGAAAAAGAUCACGCGAUCAUGAGGCAAGCCCUACAAGGAAUUCGUCGCCGCUGUUCCAGAGAGAUUGACGAUUCCAGCCAACCAGCAGUAGCACGACUCCUCCUAUAGCAUCGUCAUCACGGAUGAUCGCAGCGAAUCGUUGUGGGUCUGAUUCUCUUUCGAAGCAUCGAUCCAUCGUUUCGACCAAUUGGGAUCGGUGCUCUUGGAUCGUUUCAAUCGAUUGCUUAGUGCCGUGUCGACGGGCACACUUAACAGCCGACAAGAACAGAGCAGUCAGUGCUCUUCCUCUUUCGGGUAUUGGUGCGAGAAGUUCCAAUCCAUCGUCAUCAAUGGAAAACAGAUCUCACCUCCACACCCACCAAUUCCAAUCGCCCAUCAAGCACCAAUUCCACCAGUCGAUGACCACCAUCGCCACGUUCGCGCUACUGCUGCUGAUAGGAGGAGCAAUUCUCUCGCCCGCGGAGGGAUUCUCCGAUUUCCACAACGCAACGUCGCCAUUCCUUCCCAGCCCGGGCCCGGAGCCACCACGAUUCGACUCCAAUUGGCAGGGAUUCGGCUCCCCCUGGGACGAUUUCCGGUCGCUGCUCGACGCGCACAAGGGGCAGAUCAAGAGGUGCGAGAAGCUGCCACAGCUCAAGCGCUACCUCCAGGAAUUCGGCUACACGAGCUGGGAGGAAUUCACGCCCGACUUUGACAACCAGACCGAGGCCGCGAUCAAGCUCUAUCAAUCCAACUUCGGCCUCAACGCCACCGGGACCCUGGAUGAGCGCACCAUCACGCAGAUGAUGAAGCCGCGCUGUGGCGCCGCCGACGUCGUGGAUGGCAUCUCCGCCAUGGCCAGGAGGAGAUCCAAUUCGUCGAGCAGCCGCUUCCUGGACGGAGCCCGAGGUACAGUCCGAGGAGGCCGAGGUCCCGGGCUCGGUGUCCGCCACUACUCGUUCUUCCCAAACAGCCCAAAGUGGGAGUCGCGGCAGCUCCUCACGUACGCGAUCGAUGCCUCCGCGCCCGCCGUGACGGGCAUCGCCGCCGCGGAUCUAAGCGCGCUCUUCGCGGACGCGUUCGCCAGCUGGGCCGCCGUGGUGCCCAUCAACUUCACCGAGAUCCCCAGCUUCGCGCUGGCGGACAUCCGGAUCAUCUUUGCGCACGGCGAGCACGGCGAUGGCCGGCCAUUUGACGGGAUCCUGGGCGUCCUUGGGCACGGCUUCUCGCCCGAGGAUGGGAGGCUCCACUUCGACGCCGCCGAGACGUGGGCGCUGGACGUGUCGAGCUCCUCGUCCAGAAGCGCGGUGGAUCUCAAAUCCGUGGCGAUACACGAGAUCGGCCACAUCCUCGGUCUCGGCCACUCGGCCCUGGAGAGCGCAGUGAUGUAUCCCAACAUCGGUGCUAGGGAGGUGAAGCUCGAGCUCCACAGCGACGACAUCGAGGGCGCCCAGAUGCUCUAUGGCGCAAACCCUAACUACGAUCCCAAUGCCAGGACCGAGACGAGGAGCCAGCCAGAGAAUGGGAUCCCUUCCAGCGCGGCAUUCCCAUCACAGCAUCGCUCCAUCCUCUUCACCAUCGCGAUCGCUUUGUUCGUCUUCCUGGGUUAGGACUUUUUGUGUUACCCGCCAUUCAUCAUUUUUUGGGUGUAAAUAUAUAAGCAUAUUCUUUCGACUA